CACAAGGGCCACGCCUCCCGAAUGAUACCAUCCCUAUUGGCUACAUGGAGCGCCAAGCCCGGUCCAAAGGUGCUGGCAGUGUGCCCUGCAGCUGCAAGCAUGGCCUCUCCACGGGCCCAAGCCCCCCCGCCGGAGAUACCAGAACAGAACUGCAGGUACCGUGAGGUUCAGUACUGGGACCAGCGCUACCGGAAUGCGGCUGACUCUGCCCCCUACGAGUGGUUCGGGGACUUCUCCUCCUUCCGUGCCCUCCUGGAGCCUGAGCUGCGGCCCGAAGACCGUAUCCUCGUGCUAGGCUGUGGGAACAGUGCCCUGAGCUACGAGCUGUUCCUUGGAGGCUUCCCUGAUGUGACCAGUGUGGACUACUCAUCAGUAGUGGUGGCUGCGAUGCAGGCUCGAUAUGCGCAUGUGCCCACACUGCGCUGGGAGACCAUGGAUGUGCGGGCACUGGACUUCCCCAGUGGCUCCUUCGAAGUGGUGCUCGAGAAGGGCAUGCUGGAUGCCCUGUUAGCUGGAGAACAGGAUCCCUGGAAUGUGUCUUCUGAAGGUGUCCACACCGUGGACCAGGUGCUAAGUGAGGUGAGCCGGGUGCUGGUCCAUGGAGGCCGUUUCAUCUCAUUGACCUCAGCUGCUCCCCACUUUCGGAUCAGACACUAUGCCCAAGCCCGAUAUGGCUGGUCCCUGAGGCAUGCAACCUAUGGCAACAGUUUCCACUUCCAUCUUUACAUCAUGCAGAAGGGCAGAGAGCUCACUAUAGCCCAGCUGGCUGUUGGGACCCAGGUCCUCUCACCACCUAGACCUCCCACCACACCUUGCUUCCUCCAGGACUCAGAUCACGAGGACUUCCUCAAUGCCAUUCAGCUGUGAGGCCAGAGGCAUGGUCCUCUGGCCCUCCCUGCCUUUCUGCCUUGGACUCUUCAAGUACUUGGAAUUCCUGACUCAGGGCUUAGGGUUUGAUUCAAGGUGUUCACAGUCCCAGAGGGCUCAUGCCUAAGAUAGAGCUGAUGGGAGCAACCCCACCUGAAACAAUACAGCCCAGGUCAAACUAGAUCCCAGAUCCCAGGUUUCUGGUUCCUUCUUAGGUUCCUCAGAUUUUCCCUGGAUUCCCCAACUUCCUCCCUUACCGUACUGAAUCACCAGUGAUUCAUCCCCUAGGGCAAAGCUCAGCACAACCCCUCCACAUGCCAGCCAGACUCCGAGACCUGCAUCCCUGGGGCCUAUUAUUGACCCCCGUUCAACUUGGAUUUAUCCAAAGGAGGCUGCAGACUUGGAAUCAAGAUUGCUUUAUGCUUCUGAUUCCAGCUUCAGCUCCAACUCUAGUCUCCUAUCCUGCUUGGAUUGUAUAUUUACCCAAGGAAGCUACAUUGCAAUGAACUUCUCAGACCAGGCUGGCCUGCCUGCUUACUUGGCAACCCUUCCCUGCCAGCAACAUGCACCUGAGACUCCCAAGUCUCUGCCCCCUCCCCAGAAGGGGUUGGAGCCAUUUUGGCCCGGCUCCUGAGCAGACCAAAGCAGUGGUCACACACACGCAGGGAGGUCUGUGUUUAUUCACACACUCCUGGUACAGUGAGGGUGGAGGAACAUUUACAAAGGACACCCCUGGGUUGAAAACAUCUCCAGGGCCAC